GCUGGCCUGGCGGCUCCAGACUCGAAUGACUCCUGCCCAGGUUGGCCACUGAGUUGCCUGGGGCAUGCACAGAGGAUAGACCAAGGAAGGCUGCCACCUUGGGGACAUUUCACCUGUCACAGAACGGAGUGUUCGGGAUAUAGACACAAGGUGUAAGAGCCUUUAGCUGAAGGUACAGUAUACUGUUUAUACUGAAGGAGCUCCUGUAUUGACAAGAAAACGCUGACAGCCCAGAUGGAUCCUGUGGAACUGGGAAAUGUCAACAUUGAACCUGAUUACGACAGCACCAGUGGAGACAGUGCUCAAGAUAGUUACACUGGGAUGGGAAAUUCAGAAAAGGCAGCAAUGAACAGUCAAUUUGCCAUUGAAGAUGCUGAAAGUCAGAAAUUUCUGACAAAUGGAUUUUUGGGAGAAAAGAAGCUAGCAGAUUAUGAAGAUGAACAUCUUCCUGGGAAUACAUCCUUUAAAAUGUCUUCAUUCAACUUGAGUAACGCCAUCAUGGGCAGUGGAAUCUUGGGCUUGUCCUAUGCCAUGGCCUACACAGGGAUUGUACUGUUCAUAAUCAUGCUGCUUGGUGUAGCAAUAUUAUCACUAUAUUCAGUUCACCUUUUAUUAAAGACUGCCAAGGAAGGAGAUUCUUUAAUUUAUGAGAAAUUAGGACAAAAAGCAUUUGGAUGGCCUGGGAAAAUGGCAGCUUUUGUUUCCAUUACAUUGCAGAACAUUGGAGCCAUGUCAAGCUACCUCUUUAUUAUUAAAUAUGAACUACCUGAAGUAAUCAGAGCACUCAUGGGACUUGAAGAAAAUACUGGGGAAUGGUACCUCAAUGGCAACUACCUCGUCAUAUUGGUGUCUGUUACAGUCAUUCUUCCACUUUCUCUUCUUAAAAAUUUAGGUUACCUUGGAUAUACCAGUGGAUUUUCUCUUACCUGCAUGGUGUUUUUUGUCUGUGUGGUGAUUUAUAAGAAAUUCCAGAUACCCUGCCCGUUGCCCAUGCUGGAGCACAAUGUUGGAAAUCUGACACUCAACAAUACACUUCCAGUGCAUGUAGUGAUCCUACCCAACAACUCUGAGAGCAGUGGUGUGAACUUCAUGAUGGACUACACAAACAAGAUUCCUACAGGGUUAGAAGAAAACCAAUCCAAGGGCUCUCUUCAUGGCAGUGGAGUACAGUAUGAAGCCCAGGAUGAUGAUAGGUGUCAGCCAAAGUACUUUGUAUUCAACUACCGGACGGCCUACACAAUUCCUAUCCUAGCGUUUGCCUUUGUGUGCCACCCGGAAGUCCUUCCCAUCUACAUUGAACUGAAACAUCGAUCCCGGAGGAAGAUGCAAACUGUGUCAAAUUUUUCCAUCACAGGGAUGUUUGUCAUGUACCUGCUUGUUGCCCUAUUUGGUUACAUAACUUUCUAUGGAGAAGUUGAAGAUGAACUACUUCAUGCGUACACCAAAGUGUACACAUUUGACACUCUUAUCCUAAUGGUACGCCUGGCUGUCCUUGUGGCCGUAACACUGACAGUGCCCAUUGUCCUGUUCCCAAUUCGUACAUCAGUGAUCACAUUGCUAUUUCCCAAAAGACCCUUCAGUUGGAUAAGACACAUCCUGAUUGCAAUCUUAAUUAUUGCACUUAAUAAUGUUUUGGUCAUCCUUGUGCCAACUAUAAAGUAUAUCUUUGGAUUCAUAGGAGCUUCUUCUGCCACAAUGCUGAUUUUCAUUCUUCCAGCAGCUUUUUAUCUUAAACUUGUCACUAAAGAAUCCUUUCGGUCACCCCAAAAAAUCGGAGCUUUUAUUUUCCUUAUGGUUGGAAUCAUCUUCAUGAUUGGGAGCAUGACACUCAUUAUAAUUGACUGGAUUUAUGAUCCCCCAAAUUCCAAGCAGCAUUAACCCAAGGAAAAAUACUUUUUGUUUUCAAUUGGAAAUGUUUGCAAGUUAUGCUCCAAAAGACAUUGAGUUAUCUUGGUUGGAAUGUUAUUCAUAGGUAAUAACAGGAAGAUCCAAAGACCUUUACUAGUAACAUCAGCAGGAACCUGCAGAAGACAACAGCUUCAUUUUUGUCAAGAAUGUCUGUUCAUGUGUUUCAACUCUGUGGUGAAUAUAGCUACCCAGGUUUUAGCAGAGUGGUGGGAGCUGGUGUAUUUCUGCUGCUAUGAAAGCAGACUAAGGGUAACUGUGCAUAGUAGUCAUCAGAUUGUACCCUCCUUCUCCUCCCUCCACCCUUCACCCAUUACAAAUAAAAAUACAAAUACAUGUAUUCUCACAAUAAUAACAAAAAAAAAAAAGUCCCAGUGCCGAAGCUAUUAACAUUUGAUGCCUUUCUCCAAUCUCAUACCAGAUACUCUGGGUCUAUUUAAUAACAGAAAUAAAAUAAAAACUGUCUUAAAAACUAUCCAUAGACGAUCCAUAAGUGAUGAAACACCAGGCCAGAGCAUCUUACUAUCAGUACUCAAGGAAUAUUUUGCACAUUUGUUUGUAACACUGACUUAGUGAUUUUAUUCUAAAUUUUUUGUAAACAUUAAAACAUUUGACUAAACAUAGAGAGGGGUUUUAAAUAUGAAGAGCAACAGCAAUAUAGAUAUUAAUAGCUAAAUUUCCUAUUCUGGAAGCAUUUGCUUUUCAGUGCUAUUCUUAGUGCUCUUGUCAUACUUCUGUCAUUGAACAAUGCUCCAAUGCUCUCCCUCUCGUCUUCCAUCCUCAUGAAUUAUUUUUAGAAGACCACAGUUCAUGUGGCCAUGCAUUACCCAGUAUUGUUUGACACAUUUUUAUUUGAUAAAUAUUCAGUGCAGGAAACUGUCACUUAGCUGUACGUUCAUGUAUAUAACCUUAUUCUGUCGUCCUCAGAAUUUUAAAGUAUGGUACUUCUGAUUUUAAUUUUUUACAGGUAUAGCUUUUCUCUCAUAACACGUAAAGCAUUCAUACUAUUGGGUUGAGGGCAGGAACUUCAGUUGAUGGGCUCAGAAAUCCACUUGUACAUACUUGCCUAUUGGAGAUAUUUCAGAUUUAAAAGACUAAGUUAUAUAUAGUCCAGUAAUGCUCUUCAAUGUUUACAGUGAUAUAGCUAUAUGCACAAUUAAGCUUUUAUUUGGAAGUAAUCAUCAAUAGUAUCGUGAGGUCGUUGCUUUAGUCCAGCGCGUCUAAAGUAGGAUCUGCAGCAUGUUUGCUUGCAUAGGUGUUUGCUGACAUUCAUUUGCUAUUCUAUACAAUGUAGAGUGGUCCUACAUAAAAAUAAAAGUGCUAACACUAUAAAGAAAUGCAUUCUUGAUCACUUCUAUAAAAUAUCUACUUGAAAUGGUUUUGAAAAUUAGUUCUCACUGUCUAAGAUUUCUAGAGUUUGCUGUUCUUUUUUAAAUUAGUGGCAAGGACAUUUGCCACAGAUCUUAUUUCUCAGCAAAACCCACUGAAUAUACAAAUAUCAAAGCAUGAUAAUAUUGAGUCAUAUUUUCAUAGCUGUGAUGAACUGUUCCCAGGAAAAUAUAUAUUUAAAGACUAUUUUGAGAGAUAUUAAUACUGUAAAAUGGAAAUAUACUUCCUCGUGGAAAUAGAGCAUUACAAGAAACUAUCAUAACUUCUGUAGUACUAUAACUAGGAAAAACGCGCUGAGUAGCAUCUUGAAGAUAUUUUUCCAUUCUAAUUCACCUAAAGAAUACCAAAAUGCAAAGUGAAAAAGAUACCUUCUGAGUGUCAAAAAUAUUUUAAUCUGAAUACAAAUAAAUGUAAGUACCAAAGAUUAAGCCAAACAGUGGGAAAUUGUAAAUCUGUACAUAUUCUUGAAUGCCUCACAUUUGCAAUGAGUAAUUCGAAAAUAUCACCAUGUGUAAUCAUAUAAAUAUUCCAGAGCAAUACUACAGUGACAAGUAAUAAAGCACCUUGUAUUGCUAUUUUUAUUUCCUAUUUCCAGGACUGGAGUUAACAUAGCUUACAGGACAGACAUACAUAAAAUAUCUUAUACUGGUUAAUUUAACUCCAUUUGUAAACUGAUGAAAAUUUUAUUUUCAUAAUUCAUUUUUAAGAUGAUUCGAUGUAUUGAGAAGUUUUUUAUUACAGAAAGUGUAUAUUGGUAUAUAAUAAAUGAACUUUUCAAAUGACUGGUGUGUUAAAGGAGGCUGUGAAUUAUUUGUCUGAGACAAAAUUAUAGAUCUUAAACAUCUUAUAUCACUUCCAUUUUUGUUGUUACAUUUGACAUUUAACUACUC